UCUGCUACUGUUGUCGUCUUUCGCAGCACCCCGCCCCCCCCCCCCAUGGCGGGCGAGGGAGACCCCCCCAGCCGCAUGCAGAUGGCCAAAGGCGCCUGCUGUGUCCUGCUGCUGUCGCUGCUGAUGCUGCCGCUGCUCCGGACGGCCUCCCAGCGCUUCUCCUCCAUGGCGGCCACAGAAGGGCCCUACGUGGCCGGCACCCUCUCGGCCGCCUUCGUCACUUGCCCCAACCAGACCGUCGCCAGGGAGAUUGCCAGAGCGGUGGUGGAGAAGCGGCUGGCGGCCUGCGUGAAUAUCGUUCCCCAGAUCACCUCCAUCUACGAGUGGAAAGGCAAGGUGGAGGAAGACUCCGAGGUGCUGCUGAUGAUCAAAACGCGCAGCUCCCGGGUCUCCGCGCUGGCCGACUUUGUCCGGUCCGUGCACCCCUACGAAGUGGCCGAGGUGAUCGCCGUCCCGAUCCAGGAGGGGAACCCCCCGUACCUGAAGUGGGUCGCAGAGAACGUGCCCCCCGAGUAGGAGCCAAGAAGAAUGGGUGGGCGGGUGGGGGGGAGGU